AUGAGAAAACGUAUCGAUUCUGUGAGUAUCAAUCCGAAUGGUGAACCAAUCAAUGCGAGUCGUUAUUAUUUUAGAUUAGGUUCCAAUGAUUAUGAAUAUCAUGUAAUGAGAGGACAUUGCUCUUGUAGGAUUUUGAAGGAGAAAAUUGAUUGGGAUUUGGUUUGCUAUCCGUUGGAUAGUAAGAAUUCAUUUGGAAAGAAGCAUGGAGAAUUUGAAGCAACUCAUAUCUUUACCAAAACCUAUUCACAAUGGACGACAAAACCAACUCAACCAGAGCAGUAUUGUUUUCCUUUGAGUAUUGAACUCACUCUGCCACAAGUGAAUCUUUCACAGAACGUUUACAUUCCAAGCACGAUUGUAGACUCGACCAUGUUUAGAUUGCCACCAAUUUGUCCAGUUUACACUAGUUGUAAAUAA